GGGUACCAGCCCGUCCUUCGCCCAGCCGAGCGGGAGGGAGGCUUCGAGCGCGGAGCGUCUGCUGCGGAAUUUCCCGCUUCCCGGGCUGUGCGGACGCGGCGGGAUGGCGACGGAGCUCGCGUGGUGCCUGCUAGCCUCCCUCUCUCUGCUUGUGCUGCUGCCACCGCCUGGCGCUUCGGGCUUCGCCACCGCCCUCGACAGCGACUUCACCUUCACGCUGCCCGCAGGCCACAAGGAAUGCUUCUUUCAGUCCAUGCAGAAAGACGCCUCGCUGGAGAUCGAGUAUCAGGUUCUAGAUGGAGCAGGUUUAGAUGUGGAUUUUCACUUGAUAUCACCAAAACAGGAAACCCUUGUUUUCGAGCAGAGAAAAUCAGAUGGUGUCCACACAGUGGAGACAGAGGACGGUGAUUACAUGUUCUGUUUUGACAACACCUUCAGCACAUUGUCAGAGAAGGUGAUUUUCUUUGAACUGAUUUUAGAUAAUAUGGGAGAUGAAGAACAAGAAGAUUGGAAGAAGUAUAUUAGUGGUACAGAUCUUCUGGAUAUGAAGUUAGAAGAUAUUCUGGAAACUGUCAACAGUGUGAAAGCCAGGCUAAGCAGAAGCAUCCACCUUCAGACCUUUCUUAAAGCAUUUGAAGCUCGUGAUAGAAACAUACAAGAAAGCAACUUUGACAGGGUAAACUUCUGGUCCAUGGUCAAUCUGGCAGUAAUGAUUGUGGUGUCAGCUGUUCAGGUUUAUAUGCUGAAGAGUCUUUUUGAAGAUAAAAGGAAAAGUAGAACUUAAUGCCCUGAUGUCAUAAGAGCAAUAAACAAGGGGGAAUGUAAUGCACUGCUACAGAAAAGGAGAUGGAAGAUACAUCCCAGCUUGUUUUGAAUAGACUAUAGUUAACAUUCACACAUGACUUUUAAAUGAGAGCAGAAUGCUUUUCUUUGCUCCAAGAAGUUGCAAUCAAUUUUUAGACUUGGUGCACAACUUUAAUACCUGUCUGAAUCUCCUAGGCCAUCUGUCUUGCACAAAAUACUGGAACAAAUUCAGAUUUUUAAUAUUUGCCAUAUUUGUAUAUAUCUGAUGUCUUAACCACUGUCAGCCUAUAUGCAAGGUUUUUUAUAAAGAUAGCAAAAAAAUCUCUUUAUGAAUUUAUUUCAUCUUAUCCAACUUUGAGAUUUCAGUUAAAAGGAGUGUUUGCUCUGGGCAAGCUAUAAUAAUAUUUAGUCUGACUGUGAUAUUUGGUAUAUAAGCAAAGACUGUUUACAAAGAAAAAUAUUCAACCAAUGAACUAGCAACUAAAAUGUUUUGCUUCCAAACCUUAGGUCUCUUAUUUUGUGAAUUUAGUAGUCUUUUGACUUCUGUAUGUUUAAUAAACAUAGCAUGAUCAAGAGUCUAAGCCCUUUAAAGUGGAAUUGUUACUUGUAUGCAGUAUCAGUUACAGUAGUCCAAAUUCAGGACCUAAUACAUCAAACUUGAAUUAAGAAUGUUUUGCAAUGGAUCAUUGGUCCAAAACUGCAAAAAUACAUAGUCUCAAGAUACAGGUUCCAUCUUCAGUUAUGUACUGAAAGCAAAAUCUCUCAUUUAGCAGUACAAGUACUGUAUCACAGGGACAGGUGUGCAUACACUUUGCCUGUGGACUUUCAUUAUUAGCUAUUGGCGUUGGGGAAUUUUUGAAUCUUCCUUUCGCUCUGACAUGUGAAUUCAUAGAUUGUUAGAGACGCAAUCCUAUGUUUAUACAGAAAAAAGUUCUAGAAAGUCCAACAUUAUUUCAGCUAGCCAUGCUGUGCAUUGUAGAAUUUUUUUCUAAGCAUGCAUAGAAUUUCACCCUAUUGUUUUAUUCCUCUGUGGGUCUUAAACUAGGCUUAAUGUCAUAGUACUAUCCCCUCACUGUAACAUAAGACACACUCUAGGAUUGUUAUCAGAGUGUGCUGGGGGUUUGUCUAAUGCAGGGAGCUACAGUUCUCAGGGUUGGUAGUGAGGAAGAAAGCAAGUAGUCUAGUUCCAUUUCUAAGAAUCAUCUAUCCAGUAAAAGAUAGUCAUGGCAACAAACCACACACUUGAAACAAGUCGGCUUUAAUAUUGGGUGGCAACAUGCAUGUUUUGUUUUGGGUUGGUAUCUGUAUAUGGCUGUACUAUUAUGCAUUUGAACACUCAAUUUGCAUUAUUGUGUUUACUAUGCCAAGUAGCUGAAAAUUUAAUUUCUUGCUGGAGUGAGAGGUUUAUAAUCAAUUCUAUAAAGAAUUCAAGUUUGGUCACUGAUUUGUUAAAAACAUGCUUCUCAGUGCUGUUUUCUUGUUUUCCUUAGGAUUACUCAAAACCUUAAAAGGGGGUACCUUGUAUGAAAAACACAAGCUAUAAGUGUUCCUAAAUUUGUGAUUUAAAAACAGCACAAAAAUGUGAAGUGUUAUAAGAAUAUUUACUUAGAAGCAAGUUGUUAGUAAGAGUGCUGAGGCUUGCACCUUGAACUUUCCAACUUCAAUUAAAGCAGCAAAUCAUUGUUCACCAGGUGUUAUAUAUGUUUGGUAUUCCCUUGGAGAAUUUAAUGUACAACCUUCUAUGCUUGUUUGAACACUGUGAAUGUACUCUUACUGUAUAAUCCUGGAUAUGUCCUAGAUUGUUUUUCUCAUGAAAAUUCUUUGUUUGAGGCCUCCACAGUUAACACUUUUAAUAGUUAGAGGUGCUGCAGAUGGCCUGCUGACUCUUGUUCAAUUCCCACAGACUGAAUACAUAAUAGCAGUAUACUCGAAGGAAAAGGUAUCUCCCAGAAGCAAUAAUUUAUUUAGGUUUACCAUAAAUUGUUUAGUUUGAGCUAACAAUAGGAAGUCAUGAGAAUUUGAACCGAUUUUCAGUGCUAGAAGGGUGCAGUUUGCUAAAAUAGCCAAGAGUUAAUCAAGGGUUGUGAAACAGUAAGAACUCCACAAAGUAAUGCUGUCAUGCCUAAAGGGACAAACAUGUGAAAAUACAAGCAUAUGAAUUCAGGAGUAACAAGCUAAUUCCUCACUGCAGCUACUCUAGUAGCCUCCACUUGUGUAUGUAAUCUUGCAUUCAAAUGAGUCUUUUUACAGAAUGCUAGAACUGUGUUGAUUUGAGUCUUAAGAUUAUCGGCCCACAAGCAAUAGGGUACCCAAUCAAGAUCCUUGAAAGCUGCUGAAUACCAGUGCCUGUAUGCAAAUAAGAGAAAGCCUUAAAGCUAAUUAAGUUUAUGUGGCAAAAUACAUGUACAAUGCAAUCCCCUGUAAAUUUAUACACGUGGAUGAUGAGGAAAGGUCUAGGCUCCUUUUAGAAACCAAGCGAUUAAAAUGAACACACCACUGCAGUGUUCAGAAUGUGAAUAGCCUCUUGACCAUUCACAAUAAAAUACUGUUAAUAACUUUGAUAAAACAUCCUUACCAGAAAGCUGUGACUAAGGCUACCUCUGAUACUAUGCUACUACUUACUAGUCUACUCAUUACUAUGGUAUAUAGAUUUGGCUUCUAACAAAGUAAGGCUAUACAUGUAGUUUAACAGUUUUAUCAAACAGGUUUUCUUACUUUGGCACUCAAGGUUGUGUUGUAUAACUUCAGGUUGAGGAAGAAAGUGAACAUUGUAAGAAAGGAAAAUUGCUAAAAUUUUGGCUGUGAAAUGGAUAAAAUUAAUAAAAGUGUAUUAAACCUCGUAA